CAGUGAACAAGACCCUGCCGGUGUGGGCGACGCAGCUGAUACCAGCCAUGAAGAACGUGUCUGACUUCCUCUUCAGUCACGUAUACUUCGGCACCAACGAACUUCUGCGUCUCAGGGCUGGCCGUCUCCAGAACACCAUACUCAAGAACAUGCGCCUAAAGUCCUCUAGCGGCGGCCUAGGGCCGAGCCUGGCGCUGUUCUCGGGCGAUGACGAGACGGUAGCGGCGCAGCUCAAGACGCUCGGCAUAGAUGCUCUCACGCAGCCGCCCUACGCCGCCGCUCUCGUCUACGAGCUGCACAGGCGCGACAAUGGCACUUACUUCGUCAAGGUGUUUUACCACACGGAUGAGAGCAUGACAAGCGACCCAGCGUUCAUCAGCAACAUUCUCUGCCCGCCCACCGGCGAAUGUGACCUCGAGGAAUGGUUCUCCUUCGCUCACACUUGGGCCGUUCCGGACGCGGACUUCCCUGAUGUGUGCGUGUCCAAGCCGGAACGGAUUUUGAGGACGGUUAUAAUGUGGUUUUGGGACCUACUACCGAUGACCUGCUUAUGCGCGGUGUUCUUGCUUACCGUUUUCUACCGUGUAUCCGAAUUUAGGUGCGGUAAAUAUGCCCAAAUGGAGGAGUAACAGGUUUUAUAUAUUAAUUGUAUUUUAUGAUAGCAAAUGCAAGCAGCGAGUAGCGAUGCAUGCCAGUAAACUUUAUUCGGUAUCUAUAAAAUGGGAACUAUAUGGCCUUAAUAACCAUCGAUAGUUUAGAGUAAUAUUUAGUACUAAUAAGAUCAAAUUAAGUAUAAAAAAAUUAGCCACAAGGCUAUUUUUAUAAUACGCUCCUAAGACAUAUUAUUUAACACAAUUUAUAGGAUUUGCCUCGCGUUCAUGAGUGUAGAGCUUGGCCGUCGUGCAUUCAAACUGAUUUUGAUAAAAUAAGGCUACAGACGAUAGCUCGCACUCAUAAGUAACGCGAGUUCUGUCGAAAUUGCUCGUAUAUGAAAACUUAUUUGAAACAGUUGGAAAUAGACCAUGUGAAUGUGUGUGUAUAAAACUCGUCAUAGUUCAUGUCAUGCUGAAUGUUGGGAUGGUUCGAGGUUGUGAUAAGGUGAAUCAGAGCUAGACUGAUAGAAAAUAUGAUAUGAAUUGUAACUUUAUUUCGCUUCAUAACUUCAACAGCAUGAGAGAAGAUCUGCCUGGUUAAAAUAAGGAAGGUAUAAGAAAUAGUUCAAAGUAGCUAUUUAUUAAUAAAAGAUGACAACAACUGGCCGAGUAAAUAGACACGUUAGUGAAAAGGAUUCAACAACAAAAGAAAAUGUUCCUGCAAGAGAGCGCGACACAGAAAAAUGGGAUUGAAAUAAAUUUUCAUCAAA